UUUUCAUAUUUAAGAUGUUUAAUGAUCACCUGAUGAUGUUAGUAGAUGCUACUUUAGUGCUCUUCUUCUUUUGUUUAUGUUUGGUAUGAACUGAAAUUGUUCUUAAAAUUAAUAAUUGUUCAUGAUUAAACAUGUUCUGGUGUUUGAUUAUUUUAACUUGUUGAAAAUGGUUUCCAAGAUAAAUUUUUUACCAAAGGGAAAAUCAGUACUUGGUUUAGUGUGGUGAAAAGCAUUUCUUUAAGAAUGAUUUCCUUGAUAAUAUCAUUUUUCACUGGGUAUGUUGUUGAUGUUGUUGUUGUUGUUGGUUAUAUUGAAUUGUUAACUUGAUUCUUUAAGGAGAAUAUGUUAUGAUUUUAUGAAUAGGUGCGAAUGGGAAAUGGUCCUUUGCACCUUUUCAUGGAAAAGGCUUCACACCUUUUCAUUCCUUUACUAAAUACUUCAUUUCCAUCAGAUUUUCCUGAUGAAACAAAAAUACUGAUCUUCUUCUUCCUUCUUUUCUGCACUUCAAAUAAUUUCUGUGUGAGAUUUCUGCCGUCUUUUGCGUUCGUCGUUCACCGGGGUUUGAGGUACCGCUACGCUGUGUAUGGAAGAAGCAGGUGUGGAUGGAGCACUUAUUGUUCAGCCCAUUAAUCAUAAGUUUGAUCAUUCUUAUGUUACCAGUGCGCUAAAGAAUUUUCCUUCCAAAUUCAUCGGCUGUUGCCUCGCGAAUCCAGCAGAAGAUGGGAGUGGGAUAAAACAGCUUGAAGAUCUGGUUUUAGAGGAUGGUUAUCGUGCUGUUCGCUUUAAUCCGUAUCUUUGGCCUUCUGGUCAAAAGAUGACAAAUGAAAUUGGGAAGGCACUAUUCUCAAAGGCUGGAGAGCUUGGAGUGCCAGUCGGUUUCAUGUGUAUGAAGGGUUUGCUUUUGCAUUUGCAAGAAAUUGAGGAAUUGUGCACAGAAUUUCCCUCAACUGUAGUUUUGCUUGAUCAUGUGGCUUUCUGUAAGCCCCCAAAAAAUGAUGAGGAAAGACAAGUUUUCUUGGAACUGUUAAAGCUUUCAAGAUUCCCACAGGUAUAUGUAAAAUUUAGUGCUUUGUUCAGAGUGUCGAGAAAUCCAUAUCCGUAUGAGGACUUGUCUCAAGUUCUUGCCCAACUAGUCUCCAGUUAUGGUGCACCUCGCAUCAUGUGGGGAAGUGACUUCCCCUUCAUUGUCGCCGAAUGUGGAUAUAAAGAAGCAAGAGAAGCGGUUUCUUAUCUAGCAAAGCAGGGGCAUUUACCUCCUUCUGCCACGGAGUGGAUCAUGGGUAAAACAGUUAUGCAGCUCUUCGAUGGAAAAUGGAGUUCUUUAGUAAAUUGACAACGAAACUUGACAACUAGAAACAACAGAUUAGAUGACUUUCAAACAUGUCAUUGAAACCUUAAUUGUACUUGAGCAGACCAAAGGAGACAAGUAUUGUAAGCAUAUGUGCAAUAAAGGAAAAAAAUAUUUUGUGACCACAUCAUUGACAUUAGUUGUGUGAGACUUCUUUUUCUCUCACAAAUUUGUGGACCCGAAAAUGUAAAAUUUAGGCCCACUUUUUUGUGAGACAAAACGAAGACUCACACAACUAGUGUCAGCUGUGUGGAGCACAUAGUAAAAGUUUUCUGUGCAAUAAACUAUGGAUCCACUGUCCUGUUUGACCAAAUCAGCAUCAGGCACAGUGGUUGUGGAUCAGCAGUGGGGGAACCUUUUAGUAGCAGUAUUCAAUUACCACUUAAGUCUCCUAUGCUUUGAUGUGUAUUCCUAUCGUUUGCUGCGCUUUUUUGUAUCUUGCUAUUUUGAUGUCU